GAGAACGAACCCUUCCUACCUUCCCCUCCUCCUCCGCACCAACCCGCCGCCGUACCCAAACGAAGGGGGAGGGGGGGUCAGGUCUUGCUCCGGGUUACAAUGGAAAAGUACAGGAUUUUACAGACACUGAAGCAAGGUGCCUUGGGGGUAAAUGUUGUGGCAGUGGAAAAACGAAAAGCAAAAGAUACUACUCCAGUUAGAUACCUGAUAAAGAAGGUGGAGUGUAUUGAUGAGCAACAUGCAAACGAUGCCCUCGAGGAGAUGAUGCCAUUGCUGAAACUUCAGCACUUGCAUAUCUCUACCUACAUAGAACUUUUUAUCACCUGGAACAAAGAGAUUUCAUCUCUGUUUCUUUGCUUGGUGAUGAAGUAUACAGGGAAAGGAAACUUAAGUGAUCUGAUUGCAGGACAUAGAGAUCUGAAGAAGAAAAUAGACGUUAUGAUAAUGGAAAAAUUCCUGGGGCAGGUAUUGGAUGCUGUGGAGUACCUGCAUCGGAUGGAUGUGAUUCACAGGAACAUCAAGCCAUCCAACAUCAUAUUGAUGGGUGACAGCUACUGCAUGCUUGAGGACUUGGCUGUUGAAUCACUAAUGCUUGAUGAGGCAAAGUGGAAGAUCCGAGCCCUGGAAGAACCAUCUUUCAAGUCCUGGAUGGCUCCUGAAGCUCUUGAGUUCUCAUUCAGCACUAAAUCAGACGUCUGGUCUCUUGGCUGCAUCAUCCUAGAUAUGGCCACUUGUUCUUACUUAACGAGGCUUGAUGGAUUGGCUCUCCGAGAGACUAUUCGCCAAUCACCUCACAAGCUAAAAAAAGCAUUGCGGAAAAUUCAGAAUCAUGAUAUUGCCAAAGCUGAUAAGAUUAGUGACCUUCUGAAAGAAAUGCUUCGCAUCAAUCCAGAAGACAGAAUGGCAAUAAAGGAUCUAAUACAUUUGCCAUUCGCGAGAGACUGUUUGUUGGCUUCUGGCAUACCGAUGACUGUAAGAAAGAAACCAUUGCCUACAUCUGUCAUGGACACCCUGCUGCAAGGAGGACUCCCAAGUGUAUUAGAGGUAAUGAAUUGUUUCUUGGACAGACCUGAGAUGCAGCUCAAAGCAUUAGAACAUCUUUUGGCUAUAGUUGACCAGAAGGAAGAUCUCCCAUGGAUUUUGGAUAUGGUAGAAUCAGUGAUAGCCAUCAUCAAGAGUCAUCAAGACAUUAUCGAGAUCCAGAAGUAUGGCUGCAAAUUGCUGCUCAAAAUUCUGGGCCAAACCCUUUUAUACCACCCAGAUGAUGUGCCAAGUGGAGAAGAUUUUAUCAAAACCCUGCUUUCCACCAUGAGAAGCUACCCCACAGAUCAAGAGUUGAUCUCUAUGGUCUGCCAAAUGCUGAUGAUUAUUUCAUCCAAUGAAGCUUCAAUGGUGCAUCUCCAGAACGUAUGUACAUUUGCUGAAAUCAAUGAGUGCCUGAAUACUUUCCCCCAUGAUAAGGAGAUCUGCUUAUCUUGUCUGGGCCUCCUCUGGAGCCUCACUGUGAAAGCUGUCAUGGUAGACAAGACACCCCUAAAGGAGGCUGUGGGGCUCAUCUUGAAGGUCUUGGAAAUCUACCUCAAUGAUGGAGAAAGAGCAGAAGCUUCCUGCUCUGCCCUCUGGGUGCUGUCCUUACAAGGCUGCAUAGAGGGUUGUGAUUAUGAGCAUGUGACGCUACUGUUGCUGAAAUGUAUCCAGUUGCAUUCGAAAAGAGCUAUCUUGGUGAAUAAUGCCUUCCUGGGGCUGGCCAACCUGGCAAGGAUGUCAGAGCUGGCAGCCUUUCGGAUUGUGGUGCAUGAUGAUAACAGUCCUGGGGUAUCCUUGAUCAAGGAAAUUUACCAGUCUCAUUGGGAUGAUCCAGAGGUGGUAGAGAACCUGUGCAUGAUGCUGUCGGAGCUUGUUUCAUAUGAUGAGAUUGUGCUAGAGUUGUUCUCUAAUGAUAUACAUAAAAUGCUGCAGGAAAUUGAAAUAAGGUUUACAUCAAGUCAGGGAAAAUAAGCUCUCAGGAAGGUCUAGUCUGUCAUCCUGAACCACAUCUAUCAAAUGGACCCUUUUGUCUCAGUAUGAUCAAAUACAGCUUCCUUAAAUAUCAUAAGAGCAAUAAAAAACACCAAACAAACCCAAACAACCCUAAAUCAAGCCUAAAAAAUGCUUGGUAUAGUUCAGGAUGUUUGUGUUAACACUAAUAGACAUUUUGAUAAUAAGGAAUCAACCAUAAUAUUGUAACUUAAAUAUGAUUUGGGGAUCUUGGGAAGUCAAAUUAUUCCCACAUUCCUUUGCAGACACAUUUUGAGAAAAAAUGAAAUUUUAAAUGGGUGGAAACAAUGUGAUGCUUUUUUAGAAAAGUUUCCUGGUGUAUGGGGCUCCUGUCAUCUUAUUUUAAGGAUUUCUAUGAAGCAUUCUUACCUGAAGGACAUGGCUUUCCAAUGUAUCCCGGCUAUAUCAGGGCAUGCAUUACUGGCUCUAUCAUUGCAUCACUAGUAGUACCUCUGCAAUUCCUCUUUUAUUCAUCCCCUCUCCGUCUUACUUGUUCAGUUGCUCCAGAUUAAUGGGUCUUCUGCACCCAAUGUAUUAGAUAAUUGACUUAAAGGUUAUGGUGAUUGAGAGAUCAGGUCUGCC